AUGGGCGGAGCGGGGGAGCUAAUACGCUAUAGCGGCCAGCGCAAGGGCAAAGCGCUCCAGAUGAUGUACUACCUGGAAGGAGGACUUCUCAUGGUGAACAAUCUACUGCAGACCGAUUCGUGGGUGAACGACGAGUUGCGAACGCAUUGCAGCGCGUGCUUCGUGCAGUUUCUGCCAUUCCGGCGACGACAUCAUUGCCGAACGUGCGGCGAAGUGGUGUGUGGUGGUUGCUCUAGCCAACGCGCCAUUCGUCUUACGGACAUGAACGUGGAGUGCGAGACUCGAGUCUGCACAUUUUGCAUCAUCCGAGCCGCAGACGCGUCGAUCAAAGCCAAUGAAGCUGCUCUGAGGGAGACUUGUCCGGAACAGCGGCGGCUCUCCACUGUAUCGGUGUUGAGUCUCGCUUCGCCGGCAGUUCGACGUCGCAAGCAGAUGACUCUGUUAAGUGCUGACUCGGAUCUAACGCUGGGGAGUGUGGUGCAGCUAUGGCCACCACCGGUGCCAGCGAACGAGACUGCAAGACUGGAAGUGGCUAGACAUUCAACUAUCCGAUCCGCAGAAGUCGAUCCGACUAUGAACUUACUUGUGAGCAUUGUAGGACGGACACUGGAGUGCCCCGCAGCGUUCAUUGGCAUCAUGGAUGACUCGUUGUUGUGGGUCAAGGCCAGCGUAGGCUUGGACGACCGCGUCACGCACAUUCCAAGAGAUGACUGUGUGUGCGCCCACACUCUCUUGCAGGACAAGACGAUGAUCGUAGGCGACACUUGUGCUGACAAGCAUUUCUUCCACGCAGGAGGACACACCGUAGGUACCAGCCCCAUGCGGUACUACGCUGGAACACCCGUUCGGGUCCGAGGUCACGGCAUCGGAGUCGUGUGCGCGUUCGAUACAGAGCCUCACUCCCGAACUACUGAUGCGAUGAAGUCCACUCUUGAAGCUGUGGCUAAGAUCGUCUCCGAGGUGCUCGAACAGCGAGUAGCAGCCGAUGGUACGAUGGAUUCGCCAGUCAAAGUGAAUGGCACUGCUGGUCUCUAUCAGCGGGAUCGAACGAAUACCGAGGAGUUAGAUCUACACGCGUCGCUGCUCGGCUUGAACUUGUUGCCUUCGUCGCAGCGCACCGCGAGUUCGUCAGAAGAUCACGGCUACGAUGCACCACGGCCUUCAACGUACUUGCCACACGAGUACUCUGACACAAUCACGAUGACCAUGGACUACUUCCAACAACUGCAGAGGAGUGCUUGGGCUGAGCAUAUCACCGGACCUGAAAUGAACAAUAACGGGGCGAUUAAGACAUUCGAGCUGUUCAAUCUCGAGAAGCUGUUCACAAAAAGUGUGAUGAAGAUGGCCGGUGACUGCUCCAGUGUCGUGGCCCAGCUCUUGGACUACGAGGAUGCACUUCUGUAUCAACAACUUUUCUCUCACGUAGCCGGUCGACGCGAAUUUAGUGGACAGACUUGGGUAGACAGCGUCACCUUGCACGCGAGCUUCGGUGCAACGAGUGACGAAAGCUUACACGUCGUUACGCACCGACGAGAGUACCCAGACGGUAGCAACGUGAUCGUGGCGAUCGCCACUUCGAAAGAUGCAGCAACGAGUGAAGGGAAUCUCCUCUUCGGCUGGUUCGUAGCGCCAAGUGGUCGUGAGGACGAGGCGAACGUCGUCAACGUGUCAUGUAUCGCCGCGCAGUCGUACGAAAAGCAAUCGCAGGAUGUAAAUCUCAGUCUCGACUUACUUCGACGACUCAACCAGAAGCUCGCUAUGGCUCGCUUCUUUCACCUUCCUAACGAGAUACCACCUUCCAUCAAACCGUCAGCAUUGAAAAUUCAGCUGCAGCCUGACAGCCAGAAAAUGCACGAAGGUGUUGGCUCAAUCGAUAGUAGGGAAGACAGCGAAACUGAGAAACAAGACAGUAAUGAACGAGGGGCAACCAACGCCGCCAACGCCGACCCCAGCAACACUCGCGGCGAUAACACGGAUGAUCCCCUCCCAGAGAGGAAUCGUGCCGCAUUGGUCGCGCUGCACGAGUCCGAGCAGGGCUCCCAACUGAACCAGAACGAGCAAUUGCUGCUAGAGCUGCUGGACAAGACUAUCAGCACACAAGAGAUCCUAGCAGAGCGGCAGCAUGAGAUGGCUGACCUUAUCACUACACAUGGCGACCAGCUGGAGCGUAUUUCCACGGCGCUCUCGCGAGUCGAGUCCAUCCUGCUGGACAAGGAAGCCAAGCGAGCCAAGGCUGCCUUGAAAUCUGUAGAUGUAGCAUGAAAGUAUUAUGUGACUAUUCGUGAGACGAGACAUUUCAACAUGAUGUAAAUCCUUACUUAUGCGCUACUUCGAAUUGGC